AUGCGACACGACACUCAAGAGCGCGUACAACCGAUGGCAACUAUGCCCGAUCAGCAGAUCGCAUCAUCCCGGGCGGUUCUUGGUCUCUGCGUCAAGCAUCACGCCGUGCCUCUUCUCCGCGCGCCGCCUAUUCUCAACCUUGUGAAUAGGAGCCGGCGCAUUGCUAAUGUUUAUGUCAUGCCAACUGACACGACCAAGGGCCACGAUACUUUACGCAAACCGACUAUCUUUGAUUUGGGCCAGAGCCAGGACACCCCCUUGUCCCCUUCCAAGGAGCGCUGUCAGCAAACGACGGAUCUACAAUUCGUCAACUCGAAACGCAGCGAGCUACCCUAUCUAGGAACUCCCGAAACUGGGGCGUGGAUCAUAAUGGGCCACCUCUCGGGUGAGCUCGCACCUGUUGCCGGGCCCGGCUGGCCCCGUGCCAUUGUUCUCUCGAAGUUAUGCGGCGGCGCACCGGCGAUUCCCACCAGCUGGGUGGCAUGGAUGUCGGAUACCGCAUUCCGCCUCGCCGCCAAGAUUAAAUGUUCCAUCCUGAACUAUUCAUAA